ACACAAGCGCAGCAACCAAACUAUUCACAUUUUGUAGACACGGAUGGCUAUCUAUGAAGGAUUGUACGUUGAUUUUUUGGAUUUAAGUGCAUGUGAAAUAGAUUAAAGAAUGGCAAUUUUGUUCUACGGGAAGCUAUUUCGUAAUUUCGUCCCUUAAGAACAGCUCUUGAAUGCGACGCAGCCGGUGUUUUCAUUUUACGCCCCUCCGCUCCUGUACGGUGGUUUCCAUGCUUCAAAGACGACAAACGUAGUGUGCAGGGGUACCAUGACUCUGACCAGAGGAUCUUUCACCUAUGCCAGUGGGGAAGAGUACCACGGCGAGUGGAAAGAAGGUCGGAGGCAUGGUGUUGGCCAGCUCAAGUUUCAGGAUGGAACCUGCUACACCGGCCAGUUUGAGAAUGGACUCUUCCACGGUUGUGGCGUGCUGCUUUUUACAGAUGGAUCCAGGUAUGAAGGAGAAUUUGCUCAUGGAAAGUUUCAAGGCACUGGAGUCUUCAAUCGAUUCGAUGGCAUGAAGUUUGAAGGAGAGUUCAAAGACGGACGUGUUGAGGGAUAUGGGAUAUUGACUUUCCCAGAUGGAACUCAUGGUGUCCCACGAAAUGAGGGGUUAUUUCAAAACCACAAGCUGCAGAAGAGAGAGAAGUGUCCAGGAGUGGUGCAGCGGGCUCAGGCCUCGGCCUCCAACGCUCGCAGUCUGGCACUUUGACUGUCAUGGAUCCUGAAGGAGACACAGUCAGAGUUCCAGCACUUUCCAGUAGAGCCUCGGGGACGUGUACAUGUAUGCUCCCCUCCAGCUCUCCUCUCUUUGUGUCUUCUUUCACCAUCAUUUUCUUUUUCAGCAUCUUCCUUGCUCCGCCUUCACAGUGGCUUGGAAUGCACAUGCAAUUCGACCAAAUAAUGGCUUUGUGGAUGACUGACUUGAAACUGCACAACACCAUGAAGCACACCUUUAACUUCACAAAUCAUGUAAACAGCAAAUGCUGCUGCUUUUUUCUCUUGUUCUGAUUCUUGUAAACAGUGUCUUAGUGUUUUCCUCUAAAACAGUUAGCCUUCAUACAGUGAAAACCAGAAAAUGGGAGACCUCUUUUUACAAUGCCAUUGCACAUCUUGUACAUGGAAGAGUUCGUAAGUCUACAGACUUUAGAUUUUAGCCAUUAUUUAGAUAAAUUCACCUUUAAAAUGCUGCAGUCUCUAAAACUGAGUGAAACUUAAAGGUAGCCUGUAAUUUUUUGAUAUUUGAUAAUACGAUGGAACAAUGCUUUUACAAAUGGGGCCUGAUUUUGCUUUUAUCAUGCACAGGCAUGAAAAGACACACGGACGUGCAAAAGCAUGUUGGCAAUGUGAUAUACAUUCUUGCUUAUGGAGAGUUUUUGUUGGUAACGCACAAAGAAUCACAACAAUAUGCCCACAAAGCCAGUGAAGAGGACUGUAGACUCACUAAACAUGGACCUAAACAAUGCACUAUUUAAAAUAUUGACAAAUUUGGCUUUACAGAUAUUUUGUCAUGAAAGAAAUGCAUUCAACACACUUGUCAAGCCUCAAAAAUAGAAACAGUGUGUUGAUGAAAAACGCUGAAUGUAAACUACAUAGCUUUUAUUCAUUCCCACUCCACAGGGCACCUUUUAAAGGUCAUGUCAAUUCACAUUGCUGCUGCGAACUUUGUCAUUCAAGGAGUCAGUUUUGUCACCGAUGUUUCUCCUUUUAGAGGAUCAGUAUUCACAUUUGCCUUAAAGACAUUUUUGUACAAGAGAGUAGUUGAAGCAGGUCUGUUUGAGAAUCCGAUGACGCACAGCACCCUCUCCUUCCCUUCCCCUCUGCAUCACUCGCUCUAAGAUGUCUGUCAUCCUAACAAGCUUGAGGUCUGUUUGAAGAUUGCCUUCUCUCCGAGAGACACGUUGCUAAGCUGGUGCUGAGUUUUAGCUCCCAUCACUCACCAAGUCCAGAAAAUUUCCUCUUUCCAAUAAACCUUCUGCUCCCAGUGGAAAUCACUGCAGAGGAGAUUUAACAGAGCUGGAUAUUAUUCUUUCAAGUUUUCCCUUAUCUUGCCUGAAAGAUCUGGAUGACUCCCCAAAAAUCACUCAAUGCAUUGAAUAGAUCUUAAUUAUGGCAGCUGAAUGAAAAUAGUUAUAAAUCAGAUAUGUGUUUAAGAGCAUGUAAUUCUAAUGGACAGUUUUUUUUUCUGUGAGGUAUAGAUAUUUAUUGUUAUUGAUUGUGUUUGGUCUGACCUUUGUGUUAAUAAGUAUUUUGAGGUGUUGAUAAUUUAAUAACCUUAAUAGCCAAUCACAGCUCUUCUGUGAUUAUAGAUUACUUGAGUGUACUUGAACAGUUAAUAGGCCUUACAAAGCAUUAUUAGACGUGGUCUGACUAAGGUUUCCAACAUAGAAUUUCAACCAAAGACAAUCAAAUGAUAUUGCGGGCAGCGAAGCCUGAAACAGUCAACAGAAGCUACCAUGUGUUUUUUCUCGCAGCCAAACAAUAAAGACGAAUGAAUGAGGAUAAAUCCACUGGUGGUUUAAAUACACAAAAAAAAACCCAACAAAAUGACCGAAGAUUAAACAGGGAAUUGAUGUGAUAUUCUGUUGUAAAUAUUCCUGAAGGCUCUAGACUGGAUUAUUGCAGUAACUGAAUUUCAUUGUUGUAUUCUAUGAAGAGAGAAAAAAAAAUCAAUACUCAAUAUUGGGCUUGCUUUGAAUACCCGUUCUGGUACAACAGUGUGCUACAAAGUACAAUCAUAAAGACUGAAGAUAACAUCAGAGACAGAAAAGCAGAACAGUGCAUGAGUUAAUACCACUACCUUCAAGCACACUUCAGUGUUUGCUGUUUGUGCAACGAGUGUAAACGGCUGUAUUUCAUAUCGUCUAAUGCUAUUUUCCUUUUCCACGAUGUCAGAGGCAACACCUGCUCACGCCUUCUUUGCCUCCACACUCCUGCCUGAGUGGAACUGAACACACUAGAAUCACACGUCCAUUUCCAACGGAAAACAAAUGGUGCUUCAAAAGCGUGCCUGUCCAGACUUUCACUUGCCUGGAAAAAAAAAUCAUUGCCAUGGUUACCUUUUUGGAGUAACAAUAUAAUGUUGCUUUGAGUGCUUAGAGAAAACUACUGCGCAGUAUCCCCUCAUUCUCCUGGAAUAGGUCUGACUAUGUAUCACAAAGAUGGUAAACAGUUCAUGUGUUUAAUAAAGCCUUGCAGUGAACAAAAGAAA